AUGGAUAUCUCCGGCAUAUCUGGGCAAGCUGGUACUAUAUGUAUCCCCGAAGCACCUGAACAGCCCGAGGUUCGCUACUCGCCAGAGGAGCUUCAGUCGUGGGACCUGCUCGCCGAGACGUUGGUCUAUCCAUCUAAAGAGCCGCAGGAACACCCUAUUGCUUGCAAUGGAAAAUGCAAAGGAGAUCUAUCUGGUCCCCACACGUGCACCCGCGACAACAAGAGACGACUUGCAAUCACCUGUCGCAGCGACAACUGCGCGGCAAAAUUCACCAACAAGUGCGCCUUCAACCGCCACUGCAGAUCCGUUCACGGGCUCGGAGAGCUAGUGGACUGCGGGUUUGCUGGCUGCAAUAGGGUUGGCAGUGAGGGGUUCUUGUGGAGGGACAAUAUGUUGCAGCAUAUGAGGGAAAAACAUGGUGCGGAACAGAGUGACUGGCGGUUUGUGCUGAGGGGCCCAGAGAGGGGCUUUGAGAUGAUUCGCCGUGACGUUUAG